AUGCGAAAGCCUGGCGACAACUUUGGGUUCCAACUUAAGAACAACCUCAGAUCAAGCAAGACACCGAAUUUUGGCAAGCACAAGGACAAUAACCAGGAGUCUAGGAACCCCUUUGAGAAGCCGUUGCAACUCGCGGCGACAGGAUACCAGGCAACCGAGACACCCCACCUCAUCCUUGUUUCCGUCACCAUGGUGAAAGAGCAAGCUCCCCCCAAGGCGCCAUUGCGGCCCUUGGGUACCAACGAAACAAAUGGCAGUAUAUAUGGCCAACCCAGCCAACAGAACGAGAAGCCAAGAGGCUUCAUGAGCGCAAACACACCUGGCUUUAUAAACGUCAACCCCACCUUCUCGAGUACCCAGCCUACCUCGCGACCUGCAGCCGCCCCAACAAGCGUCAAUCCUGUUUUUUCGGCAGGAGAUCAUACCCCACGACCUGCCAUUAAGGCUAGCGGCUUUCGGGGAGGAAAUAUGGAGGACAAAUAUGCCAACCUUUUCAUCCAACCCAAGAACCGACCAGAGCAUCACCGACCACAACGCAUAAACGGACCAUUGCAGCCUACGGCUAAGGACAAGAGGCCUGCACCCGCUCCUAUGUUCAAUACCAUACCUGGCGCGGUAGGAUCGGCUAGUAACCCAAUCUCUGUCGUCGAUGCCCCGCCAAUCUCCAAAUACAGCACGCCUGGCGUUUUCUCCGAAUACGUCGAUCCGAAAAAGGCUGCGGCCGAUAUCAAGGCCUUGUUAGAAGGCGCUAUCGAGGACGAGGAGGAGGAUGGGGAGGAGGAUGGGGAGGAAAAUACUAUGAAAGAUGACGAGGACGAAGCCAAGUCACAGGUGGAAGGGCUCAAUGUCCGUCUACUACCACAUCAGGUCGAGGGUGUUACAUGGAUGAAGGGCAGAGAGCUAGGACCUGUCAAGAAAGGCAAGGUACCCAAGGGUGGUCUUCUCGCCGACGACAUGGGACUGGGAAAGACACUUCAAUCCAUCUCGCUGAUCCUCAGCAACCCCAAGCCGGCAGACAAGCACCCAGUAGUAGAGAAGACAACAUUGGUCGUUGCGCCUCUGGCCCUCAUCCGUCAAUGGGAGGCAGAAAUCAAGGAGAAAGUCACUGCCUCUCAUAGGUUAAAGGUCCUCGUCCACCACGGACCUCAGCGCACCAAGCGAUUCGAAGACCUUCGUCGAUACGAUGUGGUCAUUACCACCUACCAGAUUCUCGUGUCCGAGCAUAAUCAUACUACGGAAUCUCUAAAGGCCGGAUGUUUCGGCCUGCAUUGGUACCGUGUCAUUCUGGACGAGGCACACACGAUCAAGAACAGGAAUGCCAAGGCCUCCAAAGCGUGCUAUGAACUGCGAAGUGUGUAUCGCUGGUGUCUCAGUGGUACUCCAAUGCAGAACAACCUGGAAGAACUGCAAAGUCUUGUCAGGUUCUUGAGAAUCAAGCCUUACGACGACCUCCGGGAGUGGAAGGAUCACUUUGAUCUGCCCAUGAAGCAGGGAAAGGGCCACGUAGCGUUCAAGCGACUUCACAGUCUUCUCGCGUGCUUCAUGAAGCGCAGGACGAAGGACGUAUUGAAGAAAGCUGGUGCUCUCGACACUGGAGGAAAAGGGCCCAAAGAUGGCGAGAAGAGCGCCACGUCGAGCUUCAAGGUCACUGAGCGAAAGGUUGUCGCAAUGAAGGCUCAGUUCUCCCCCGCAGAGAAACGAUUCUACGACCGACUAGAACAGCGGACUGACAAGAGUCUCGAGGCGAUGAUGCGUGGCAAGGUCAACUACGCCAGCGCCUUGGUUCUCCUUCUGCGGUUAAGACAGGCCUGUAAUCAUCCAAAACUCGUGGAAGGCAAGCUCGAGAAAGACAAGGAUGCGCUUUCUGAAGAAGGACGACCGAAGAAGGCCGAUACAGACGUCGAUGCUCUCGCAGACCUGCUCGGGGGGCUCGAUGUAGGGGCAUCGCACUGUGAAAUCUGCGGCUGGGAACUGGACCAAGAGAAUCGCCUGUCUGGAUCGGACAAAUGCAAAGCUUGCUUCGAGGACUUGGAGUACUUCAAGCACCACGAGGAUGGCGGUGAACUCAAGGCCUCCAAGACGAAAACGAAGCAAAAGACGACGAGCAAGGUGAAGAAGGUUGUCCGGCAAGAGGUUGAGACGAAGAGUAUUGUGAACAAGCGAAAGCCCAGAAACCGACGUGCCAUCAUCGACAGUGAUGACGAAGAGGCAGAGGCUAGCUGGAUCGUUUCUGGCGAUGAGCAAGGACCACUACGUCUCGGCAAGGCUGGUGGUACCGACGAUGAGAAUGCUGAGGGCGAGGGCGAGACUAUCAACUCCGACGAUUCCGAGGAGGAAGAUUCGCAAGGGGGUUCUCGGCUGGACAGCUUCGUCGUCGAUGAUGGCACGGACACCAAGCCCGAGGACAUCCAGCGAGCUUUGGAAGAGUCGGAUUCUGAAGAUGAUCUCGAUUCUCUUUCUGCUAUAGGGUCGCAGAUCAAGCAGAGAAAGUCGCAAGCCGCCGCUGCCCGCGACGACGGAGAAGAUGCAGACUCCGAGUCGGAAUCCGACUCCGAGAGCGACACGGGCAUCUCCGAAUCAGACAUCGACGGUUCAGAUUCCGAAGAGGACACCUCUUUCCACGCUCAAAAGACGAAGGGGAAUGGGGCACACGUUUUGGCAUCUGCCAAGAUUCGCCAGCUCAUCACCCUUUUGCACGAGGAGGUCAACGAGCACAAGUUCAUCGUCUUCUCCCAGUUCACCAGUAUGCUCGACCUCGUCGAGCCCUUCUUCCGCAAGGAGGGCAUCAAGUACACGCGGUACGACGGCAGCAUGAAGAACGACGCGCGCGAGGCGUCGCUCAACCGGCUCCGCAACGACAAGCACACGCGCGUGCUGCUCUGCUCGCUGCGGUGCGGCGCGCUGGGGCUGAACCUGACGGCGGCCAGCCGCGUGGUGAUCCUCGAGCCGUUCUGGAACCCGUUCGUCGAGGAGCAGGCCAUCGACCGCGUGCACCGGCUGACGCAGACGGUCGACGUGGUGGUCUACAAGCUGACGAUCGAGGGCAGCGUCGAGGAGCGCAUUUUGGAGCUGCAGGAGAAGAAGCGCCUGCUCGCGCAGACGGCCAUCGAGACGGGCGCCCGCAAGGAGGGGCUCAAGCUCGGCCUCAACGAGAUGCUCGACCUGUUCAAGCCCGUUGGCCGUGGCCGGGGUGGUGACCCCGACGACGCGGAUAAUAGCCUGGUUGGUGGAAGCGAUGUUUCGAGGAUCUCGACCGCCAGCAGUAGUCGCGGGAACGGGAAGGGCUCCUCUGCGGGACGGGCGAGCCAGGAGAGCUCGGUUUAUGGUCGGCGGUGGUAG